CACACGAUGUUCUACUACAUCUCAUUCCUACGACCUCCCCCGUCGAAUGCGAGUUUGUCUGGAAAGCUUUCUAUCACCCCACAGAUAGCCAAUGACCUUCGUACUGAAUUUUACCUCGGCACACAGGACAUCUUUUAUAUCUGGUCGUCAUCACUGGGAACCCAGACUAGACCAAACAAGUUGACCACCUGGCGGCGGGAACAGGCAUACAAGGAGAUUCUUGUUCCCUUGCCACCUUUAGUUCGAGAGGGACAAGAGUGGACUCUCAUCUUGACAGCCUCUGCUAAGGCUUCAGACGCUAUUGUUGAUCUUCAAGACAGUACCGUCGUAGGAAGAGCACCCUUUGGGGUCUCAUCUAUGCCAGUGCGAUUUGGACGGUCCUCCGCAAUAGAGAAAAAGCAGGAAAUGAUUGAAAGAGUUUAUGCUUUGCAUCGCGGCACUAUGAAGAUAACAGAACAGACCUCAUUCGACUUGGAUAAGAAAACAUGGGACAGUGGCAUCGGACUCAGUUCUUGGCUGGUCACUAAAUCAAGACUGGGACAACUACCUGAAGAGCUGCGCUUCGCGUUAUUCUCUAAAGAGAGUAGAAAUAUCAUUGAACUGGGAGCGGGAACAGGUGUUUUAUCCUUGACCCUCGCAGCCUUGCGCUCGUCUGCCAACGAACAAGAUGACAGCAAGUCUCGUAUCGUAACCACUGAUCUAGAGUCAGCGAUCCCUCUUUUAGAGCACAAUAUCGCAGCAAACAGACACUUGUUCACCAGCGGGUCGGCUCAUCCGAAAGCCAGUGUGUUAGACUGGGAUGAAGAUCUACCUGAUUAUAUACAAUCCAUCACUGCUGGGUUUGAUGCUAUAAUCAUGGCCGACGUCACAUACAACACAUCUUCCUUUUCGGCUCUGGUUCGCACACUCUCCAGUCUUAUCGCGAUGAGCGCAAAGCGUCCCUUGGUUCUCUUGGGAUACAAAGAGCGGGAUGAGGCCGAACGCACUAUCUGGGUCAUGGCUGAGGAGAUUGGUAUUCACUUCAGAAAGGUUGACGAGAUCGUGGGGUCGGGUGGUGAUCCGAUAGAAGUUUGGAUUGGAGAAGUCAACCGCCGUCAGGAGACAAAGACGACGGUAACAGGCCGAACGAAGAAACCCACUAAUUAACCCACAGAGGAACUGGGGCGCCGGCAGGGCCUGCGAGCUAGUGGUUGUGACGGUUAGUAAAUCACUUCGCCAAAAAAAGACGUGAUUGAAAUGGUAGCUCAGAGAGGAAGUAGCCAGUCAAUCUAGCUUUUCUGUUUCCGCAUUCGUUAUAGACAUUAUAAAUGUCGCCCAUCAGUACAUCGUAUGAUUAUGCGUAGUAUCUGGAUAUCAACUCCCGUUAUUGAAGAGGCGACGAGCUAGAACAAGCAAUUAUCGACUUCCAAAAAUUCACCUACAUUCCAUGUACAUUAUAAUGCGGCCGGAC